GCGCAGUCGCCUCCCGCGGCGGCGGCCCGGGGCCUGAGUUCUCCUCGGGGCCGGAAGGUCUGGCUGCCGGGGGCGGGCGCGGGGGGUACCGCGGGCUCCGGGGUCAUGUCGGCCCAGGGGGAUUGCGAGUUCCUGGUGCAGCGAGCCCGGGAGCUGGUGCCGCAGGACCUUUGGGCCGCCAAGGCGUGGCUGAUCACGGCCCGCAGCCUCUACCCGGCUGACUUCAACAUCCAGUAUGAGAUGUACACCAUCGAGCGCAACGCUGAGCGCACCGCCACGGCCGGGAGGCUGCUCUACGACAUGUUCGUGAAUUUCCCAGACCAGCCAGUGGUGUGGAGAGAAAUCAGCAUUAUUACAUCAGCAUUAAGGAAUGAUUCGCAGGAUAAACAAACCCAGUUUUUAAGGAGUUUGUUUGAAACUCUUCCGGGUCGGGUCCAGUGUGAGAUGCUCCUGAAGGUCACAGAACAAUGCUUCAACACACUGGAAAGAUCAGAGAUGCUGCUCCUACUCUUGAGGCGCUUCCCCGAAACGGUGGUGCAACAUGGGGUUGGCCUUGGGGAGGCGCUGUUAGAAGCAGAAACUAUUGAAGAACAAGAGUCUCCUGUGAACUGCUUUAGGAAACUGUUUGUUUGUGAUGUCCUUCCUCUAAUAAUUAACAACCAUGAUGUCCGAUUGCCUGCCAAUUUAUUAUAUAAAUACUUGAACAAAGCAGCUGAGUUUUAUAUCAACUAUGUCACCAGGUCCCCUCAGGUAGAAAGCCAGCUUCAAGGUGCUCAAGAUACAUCUGACUUAAUGUCACCGAGCAAACGUAGCUCUCAGAAGUACGUAAUAGAAGGCCUGACUGAAAAAUCAUCCCAGAUUGUGGACCCUUGGGAGAGGUUGUUCAAGAUUUUGAAUGUGGUUGGAGCGAGAUGUGAAUGGCAGAUGGAUAAAGGAAGACGAAGCUAUGGUGAUAUUUUGCACAGGAUGAAAGACCUCUGCAGAUACAUGAACAACUUCGACAGUGAGGCCCAUGCGAAAUACAAGAACCAGGUGGUUUAUUCCACCAUGUUGGUUUUCUUCAAGAAUGCGUUCCAGUAUGUCAGCAGCAUUCAGCCAUCGCUCUUCCAAGGUCCUAAUGCCCCAAGCCAAGUUCCCCUGGUGCUUCUUGAAGACGUAUCAAAUGUGUAUGGAGAUGUAGAAAUUGACCGUAAUAAACACAUACAUAAGAAGAGGAAACUAGCUGAGGGAAGAGAAAAAACCAUGCAGAGUUCAGAUGAUGAAGAAUGUACAGCCAAAGGAAAGAAUCGUCACAUUGUGGUCAAUAAAGCAGAACUCACUAACUCUGUUGAAGUGUUAGAAAGUUUUAAGCUGGCCAGAGAGAGCUGGGAGUUGCUGUACUCCCUAGAAUUUCUUGACAAAGAAUUCACAAGAAUUUGUAUGGCAUGGAAAACGGAUACAUGGCUGUGGUUAAGAAUCUUCCUUACCGACAUGAUCAUCUACCAGGGUCAAUAUAAAAAGGCCAUAGCCAGCCUGCAUCACUUAGCCGCCCUCCAGGGGUCGCUUUCCCAGCCACAGAUCUCAGGACAAGGGACCCUAGAGCACCAAAGGGCCCUUAUCCAGCUGGCCACGUGUCACCUGACCCUGGGGGAGUACAGAAUGACCUGUGAGAAAGUUCUGGAUCUGAUGUGCUACAUGGUGCUCCCCAUUCAGGACAGUGGCAAGUCGCAGGAAGAACCAUCAAAAGUGAAGCCCAAGUUUAGAAAAGGUUCAGAUCUGAAGCUCCUACCCUGUACCAGUAAGGCAAUCAUGCCUUACUGCCUGCGUUUGCUGCUGGCCUGCUUCAAGCUUAGAGCCUUCACAGACAGCAGAGACGACAUGGCGCUGGGACACGUGAUCGUGUUGCUCCAGCAGGAGUGGCCACGCGGAGAGAAUCUCUUCCUGAAAGCCAUCAGUAAGAUUUGCCAGCAAGGAAAUUUCCAAUACGAGAACUUUUUCAAUUACGUUACAAAUAUUGAUAUGCUGGAGGAAUUUGCCUACUUACGGACUCCGGAGGGAGGGAAGAUUCAUCUGGAGUUACUCCCCAAUCAAGGAAUGCUGAUCAACCUUUGCAGACCUUGUGGGUGGUCCCGCCAGAUGAGUGGCAGAGAUGUUGUGAGCAGUGUACAGCUCCUCCCCUUGGGGCCUUCUAGCCCUCCCAUGGGGUUACUGCAGCAGGAAUUCUUACCUGUGCUUCAGCCCAACAUACAGACUGCUGACAGGUACCAAGUGGACAAAACACCUGCUCAUAGUGUGCUGUGUGUCGACAUGUGUCCCGCCCAUGGUUUCCGCUUCCUCCCUCAGUGCUCUGUGCCAUGCUUGAUUUCUUUCUUUUUUUCACUUUAUUUCGCAUCCCCUCGGCAAACCAUCCGGUGUAAUAUUGUAACAUUCCUUAUUUUUUUUCCAUAAGUUGCCAAUGUGUUUGUGUUGAAUUUAAAAAUCAUUAUGGAUCUGGAAAAACAGCAAAAAUGGAAGGUUAAUACCACUCUAUGAGAUGUAGGGCUAAACUAGGAUACUCCUUGGAAAAGAAAAACAAACCCCCAAGACUUUUGGUUGUAGAUAUUUAAGGAACUGAAGCUGAAGUAACCUUUCAUUUGGAGGGGAGGGGGACUUCAUAAUAAUAACUGGGAUUUUCUUUUUUUAGUCUCUAUAGGCCAUGGCCUGGCUCUCUCCUACCGCUUAGGCUGUUUUUGUCAGCCCUUGGCUUUCCGGGGUGCAUAGUUGCUAGGCCUAGAACCAUUCCAUGUUUAUUAGCUAGCCUAUCUUGUUCUUGAACCGUUAGACUUUCCUACAGCCAUGCGUUACUUUGUAAUGAGGACACUUCCUAAGAAACGAAUCCUUCAUUAGGCAGCUUUGUCCCCCAUGCCAGCAUCUUAGGGAACAUCCUAUCCUAACUGGGGUGGCUUCCCACGCUCCUAGACUACACGGAGCUAACGUGCUCCUUCAGUCACGGAAAGAAACAUCGGCAUGUGGCGAUGACUGUAAUCAGUGCCUUCGCUGGCCUUAGGAGAGAAGUAGAGGCGCUAAUGGAAAUAUAAUUGAGUUGCGCUGUUCUUAUAGAUGGAGACGGGGAGAUGACAGCAAGUGUGACAUUUAAUUCUAUUCUGAGUAGUAUUCAGGAAAGGGGUUUCCCUUUAGCUUGCUGCCUGCGGGGAAUAGGACCUUGCACUUGGUCCAGUAUAGAGACCGGGGACCCAGAAGAGCAGCCUCUCAGGACGACAACAACCCAUCCACAUCUUCUCCCUGCAGGACUCAGAACGUUGGCCUCACUGAUGCUCUUAGCUCCAGCCAUGCUUGAAGUGUCCACAAAGAACUGCCUUUUCCCCGUAGCCCCUUUCUGUGCUUUAAGUCUCCCUGGCCCUUUUGGGGGUGCUCUGAUAGCUUCACGAGUUUCACACAGCCUCACUUGUUGCCUUCUAUUACAUUGUGAUCAUAGGAUUUCUGGUAAACUUAUUUUGUAUGAUGCUAUGUUCUAA